AAAUUUCCCUAGCAGCAUGUUGGAACAGUCUCUUCCUUGCAUACCCGUUGUUAAUAAAGAGAACAGUACUUGUAAUGCUGCCCAAGGCUCGGAAGAGACGUCUAAAGCCGCCUAUACUGGGGAAACUCAAAAACAUAGAAGAGUAGUCACUUGGGGUGGUGAAGGUCCAGUUUCAGGACAAUUUCGAUUCUAUGGAGCUCCAGAGGGCUAUGGUGUGAAUAAUAAUGAUCGAAAUCAGAAAAGGAAUAGUGUUGUGUUUUAUUUCAACCAAGUUGAAGCGCUAUUUUUGAAGAGCUUUCACUUCCAAAGGCGCCAAAAGGUGGAGCUUUUAUUGAAUAUCCUGGCGCCGUUGAUCAUUUUAGCAGUUUUGUAUGGCAUCAGCAAAUUGGCAGAUUCUGUAAUGCAUGACACGGCAGUAAAGUAUGAAGCAAAGAACAUGGGUUAUUUUAUUCCGCAGUUUCGAAAUCCUUAUUAUGUGGGCACUAAUAAUGAAUUCCUUGUGUCUCAGCCGGGUCAGGGUGAAUCUGCAGGAAGUAUCAGUUAUCCUGCUUGCAGUAUUUUUUCAAAUCCCUCUCAAUGUGCUCUUCUUGCAACUGAGAAUAAUGGACAGCCUAAUGUGAAAACUUCUGGAAUUUUGAGUGAAUUUACUUUGCAACCUUUUGUAGGUGAUAAUCCUAAGCAGUUUUUAGUGUAUGGAAAUUUUUCGCAAUUUAGAGGAAAUACCUCUGAGAUGUUGAAAUACCUGAGUUAUUAUGAAGCAGCAGAACUUUAUGGACACAAUUUGAUUGACUACGCUCUUUCUGUUCAUACUAGUGACAAAGAAAGUAAUGGUACAGUGCGAAGCAGCAAGUCUGGUCGUCAAGACAUAAUCCAGACAUUGAUGUCAGACAAUCCCGGAAGUCUAGGGUUUGAUAGCAAUUAUUACGCAGCAUUUGCAUUUAGUUAUAUCAACACCAAUUUGGGAAACAACAGUUCCCCUUCGAGAUUCACAGAUUCUAACUCUUUGAGUUCUUUUUGGAAGCGGACCAGUCAAGGUGUCCUGUCUACGAUUGGUUUUGUUGUUGAUGUUUUUUACAAUGCUGUACUAACUGAAACAAUGGAUUACUAUGAGUACAACAGUUGUACUCGAGGAAACUGUCAGCUUGUUGCAAGUGUUAUGAGACUAUCUGAUGCUUUUUAUCGCUACACAUUUGGAAGGAGUUCUUCUUCGGGAAUUUUGUCUCAGAAAGAAGGUACUAUUCGAGCAGCUUUACCUUCCAAUUUAUCAAUUACAGAUUUAUUGUCAUCUCUCAACCAUCUCAACUAUAGCAGUCCAAAUGUAUCAAAUCUGCUUUUGGGUUCUAAUCUCACGCAGUCUGAACGAUAUCGACUGACCAACCGACUUCCGUAUCAUGUCGCGAAUCUUUUAAUGCCUAUGGAAAAUGGUGUUCCAGCAAUCAAAAAUUUUUUGGAUAUUUAUGGAAUGAUAGCCAUAGCUUUGCUUUUGCAUUUUCUCAUACCUUCCUACAUGAGAACCCUUGUUUAUGAAAGGACGUCUGGUUUGAGAGUUCUCAUGAAAAUGAUGGGGCUACAAACAGGAGUGUAUUGGCUGGUGACUUACAUUUUCAUGCUUUUUAUGUUUAUACUAUUUUCUGCCAUCAUUAUUUUACUGGGAUUAGCUUUCCGAAUAACUUUUUUCUCGGAAAACUACCCUUUAACUUACAUAGGAUUGUUUUUUGUUUGGGGCAACACCUGCAUCGCUUUUUCAAUGUUUCUUUCAAGUUUGAUGAGAAACCCUAGCCAAGCCUUGAUGUUGGGAUGGACAUAUGUUAUUGUUGUGAACUUCAUGGGUUUCUUAUAUAUCACUAAACUUGUGAAAUACCAUGCGAGUGAGUCACUUAUGAACUGGACUAGCAUUCUGCCAUCCUUUGCUUUUCUUCGAGCGUUGUAUUACAUAGGCAAAGCAAAUGAAGCGGGAUUUGCGGUAUCCUUAAGUGGCGCUACUGGAAUGUGUAGGAAACCUAUGCCUUGUUGCAUAGUAAUGGAGUUUCUAGUAGUCGAGUGGAUCCUAUUUCUAUUAUUAGGUAUCUAUAUAGAUAUGGUAUUUCCUCAGCAAGGAUAUCGGAAGCAUCCCUUGUUCUUCCUUGGUUUUCCGUGGUUCAAAAGUACAAGUCAAAGUUUAACCUUGCAAGGACUUAAAAGUUGGACCACUUUCUGUUGGCCAAGAACGGGAACCCAUUCUCCGGAAGGAAGUACAGAUUUGCCGAUAUCGUCGUAUGAUAACACAAUUUCAGGUUUAGAUUCUCCUCGAAAGUUUGUCUCCAAAGACGAUGUAGUACUUGAUAUAGAUGAAAUGGGAGGAGGAACACCUACUACAAAAAGUAGAGUAUCCUUUCCUUUAGAUGUUAUUGAAGAGCAGCGCACUUGCUAUCGGGGAAUUUUAAAUGAAAAGCCUGGCGUCUAUUUGUUCCACUUGCGAAAGGAAUACGAUACUGGAAAGUUGUUUUCAAAGAAGCGAGUUCACGUGGCUUUGAAAGAUCUUUCCUUUUCAAUACCAAUAGGUAGCUGUGUUGGAAUGCUCGGAAGAAAUGGCGCUGGAAAGACGACAACUGUCAGCAUUAUGUCAGGACUCUUUCCACCAACGAGCGGGCAAGCAUUUCUAGGAGGUUAUUCUGUUUGGAAGGAUAUGCAACAAAUCAAUCUAUUGACUGGAGUCUGUCCACAACAUAGCAUUCUUUGGGACGACUUGACUGCAGAAGAGCAUCUUUAUUUCUAUGCAAAGUUGAAAGGUGGAGGGUCUAAUAUUAAAAAGCGUGUUGACAGUUUGUUGGAAAGUGUUGGCUUACACUCAUCUAAGAGUCAGUUGGUUGGAAAAUUUAGUGGCGGAAUGAAACGAAGGUUGAGCGUUGCCAUUGCCUUUGCUGGGGACCCGGAAAUAGUAUUUCUAGAUGAACCAAGCACAGGUUUGGAUCCUCUUUCGAAACAUGCAUUAUGGAAGUUUAUAGAAGAGCAAAAGCCAGGACGAGCAAUUUUGCUGACUACUCAUGCAAUGGAUGAAGCUGAACGUCUUUGUGAUAAGAUCGGUUUGGUUUCACACGGAUCACUUUUAUGUGUUGGUGACCCAGAGUCUUUAAAAAAUCGUUUGGGAAUGGGAUACCGAAUUGAAGUAACCAUUGACAGUAAAAGACAUGACCAAAGUGCAGCAAUAGCCAAGGACAUGUUGCUUCGACUGAAUGGAGUUUUCAAGGAAAAAGUGGAGUUGAACCGAAACAUAAAUGGUCAUCUGAUAUAUAAUAUACCUCGAUCUGUUGUGCUUCUGUCUAGAGUCUUUGAGGAAGUAGCCAAACUCACAAAGGAUUUUCCAAUAAGAGAUUGGGCUGUUUCAAGUAGCACUUUGGAAGACGUUUUUGUGCGAGUUGUCUCCAACGACAAAGGUGACUUUUUUGACGAUAUUCAAGAAAAUCCAUCUUAUUCUCCCAAACAUUUUAGAGGUUUGAGACAGCGUACUGUUUCAAGUCCUAUUGCUUAAUAUUGAUCAACCGCGAAGACAUUUUGU